AUGGCGGCCACUGUCCCAAAACUUCUUGAGAAGUCCGUUCAAAUAGAAUCUCUGUUAAUUCAAUUGAAACAGCAGCUGUCGCAGGCCAGAAAAGUUGCCGUGGCUAGUCUUUGUGCACAGGAAGAGCUUAAAUAUCAGGAAGAGAACAAAAGAUUGAAGCAAGAAGUCAUUUUGUUGAGAAACAGACUAAUUGAAGCAGAAACCAAAAAUGGAGUUGUCCAAGUUCCUAUGCCUCCAUCAAUGCAGUUUUCAUAUUCAGCCAAUACUUUUACAAGUGUGUUGCCAAAGAAAGAUGUCAGUAGUUGUGUAGUUGGAUCAAUAAAAAAUGCUCAAAGCAAGACCCCAAAAACAGAAAUUAAGGCACAACCAGUCAAAAAAGCUGAGAAGGAAUCUAAUGUUCAGAAGACUCAAGCUAAAACUGAAAAAGUUGCUCAAAGUUCUGAGAGUGCUGUGGUUGAUGUUUCAAAGUUGAACAUGAAAAUUGGUAAAAUAGUUUCUGUGUCCAAACAUCCUGAUGCUGACACUCUGUAUGUUGAACAGGUUGAUUUAGGAGAGGGAAAGAACAGAACAGUUGUCAGUGGCUUGGUGAAACAUGUUCCCAUUGAAGAGUUGCAGAACAGAUUUGCAGUUUUCCUGACAAACUUGAAGCCAGCUAAAAUGAGAGGUGUGAUGUCUGAGGGGAUGAUUAUGUGUGCCAGCACCUCUGAAAAAGUUGAAAUUAUCGAACCACCUGCUCAUGUUCUAAUUGGAGAAAGAGUUACAGUUGAAGGGUACUCCGGUGAGCCAGAUGAACAGUUAAAUGCUAAGAAGAAAGUUUGGGAAUCUAUUCAACCGGAUUUGAAAAUAAAUGAUCAGGGCUUGGCUUCUUACAAAGGGGCCCUCUGGACAAUCCAAGGAAAGGAAUCGAAGCCAGCAGCAUCACCGGCAACAAAUGCCAUUAACCGGCCAGCCAAUCAGCAACGAGUUGUUAUGAGGGGUGGGGCCAGGGCAAGAUUGAGACAGAGAUUGCUUGCAGCUGACAAUAACAAUGAUAACCUUUCCGAAGAGGAUGACGGAAAUGAGAGAAAUAAUUACAGAAAUGAGGAUGGUGAUGGAAAUACUGGCAAUGCUGAUGACCUAGAAACAUUGAAAGAAAUGGGCAAAGUUGGGGCCAAAAAAUUGAAAAAACUUGAAGAAAAAGCAGAAAAAAAGGCUCAAAGAGAGGCCAUGGAGCAAGAAAGGAGAGAUAAGAAGGCAAGAGUUGAAAUGAGGGAAGAAGAAAGGAAGAGAACUGAGUUGAAGAAAAAACAAGAGGAGGAAGAGCAAGCAGCCAGAGAAGAAGAGAUAAGGCUGGAAAAGAAGAGGAAAGAACAAGAGGAAUAUGAGAAGAUGAAAGUCAUGUUUGAGGUUGAAGGAGAGGGCACAGAUGCUAUGGAAGAAGACCAGGCUCAAAACCUUCUUCAUGAAUUUGUCAAUUACAUCAAGAAAACCAAAGUUGUCAUGCUUGAAAAUUUGGCUUCCAAAUUUCAAAUAAAAACUCAAGAUGUUAUCGAUCGUGUUAAAAGUCUUCAAAAUGAUGGUUUUCUAACAGGUGUAAUGGAUGACAGAGGGAAGUUCAUAUACAUCAGCCAGCAAGAGUAUGAAGCCGUUGCCAAGUUCAUUAAUCAAAGAGGUCGAGUUUCAAUAAGCGAGCUGUCCGAAUCAAUCAACCAACUUAUAAAUUUAGAUUCCAGUUUUGAAGUCGGAAGUGUAUCUGCCUGAUUGGAUAGAUGUUUCGAUUUGAUUGGCUGUCUGAAUUGUCCGUAAAUUUGAUUAGUUGUUCGAAAAAGAUACUCAGAUUUGAGUGGCUGUAUGAAUUGAUGUCUGAAUUUGAUUGGCUCGUUGCGUUAUUUGUAUUUGAUUUCGUGGUUAUUUGUUAAUUCGGGCAUGCUUGUAAAAAAUUAAAUUUAUUAUUUUGUUUUCCUGUUUGAAAGUUAUCAAGUAAAACUAAAAAACUUG